UUUCGCAUCCCGGAUUCUUCUCGUUCGUCUUCUCUUCCUCGCCUCCGAAACGCGGGUAUUAACGGGUCACGAGCAGUACACCAACGCGUGCGUUUGCCCAGCCUACCGAGAGAUCCAGCGAGGGACCCCCGUUGGCGGGACAGAACACGGGACACGGCGCCAAAGAUAUGCCUGCACCCUGCAUCGCGCAUGCGGCUGCAGUCGCACGGGACGCCCGGAUCCUCAGUGCGCUCGUCACUCGCGACGCGUUCGGGACGAAUCUCUCUCGCUCCUCUCGCUCGUCCCUCAGGACUUCCGCCGGUUCGCCGCCAAACUCUUUUCCUCCCCGUCGCAGACGUCGGCGCACAUCGGCGGCACGCGGACGCGAUUCCAUAUUACGCGUUUCCAAAGUCGCGGAAGAGGAGUAGCCACCUCAGGCCAAAUGGCCGGUCCCCCGCGGGAAAAUCCGCGAGAGACGACAAAAACGGAAGAGGUGGAGGAGAGGGAACCGCUCGAUCGACCGGCCGAUCGACCGGUGUCGAUGUAGAUGCCGGCGGGGGAGGCGAGAGAAUCGCCGAACGACGAGGACUAGCUUGACACGUUAGGUAUCCAUGUGGCGCACAGGUGUUCUCAGAUCGUGCUGUCAAUCGCUCGGAGUGAUUGGCAGGUGUUAGCGUGGCAUGCAACAGGAUGAGCCGGCAGGAGAACGCCGGCAGAGGAACUUCGGCCUGACGCGGCGGCAGUCCGGCGCUAAGUAGACGCUGCCGCCCGGAGGAUGGAAUGAACGCGAGAACGGAAUAAAUCGCAGAGAAGGCGCGUGCUCGUGGAAUGAAUUACUCGUGCCACAAGAGGACUUUCUGCACCUGCUCCACCUGCUCCUCAAAGUCCUCCUAGGGAAGCCGUCGCGCUUUCGACCCAGUCGAUCGAAAUAAUGCGAUCGAAGCGCAUCAAGAGGCAGGCUCUCUUCAGGUUGCUGCGAUACAGACAGUGCGCCAGGUGCUGGAAGAUAACUUAGCGCAUCGGAGAGUACUCGGGGCUAUAAAUUGGCGAGGGACAUCCGACGACAGAGAGGCAGAGAGAGGACGAGAGAGAGGGAUAGAGAGAAAGAGAGAGAGGGAGAGAGAGAGAUCGACGGAAGUGGAGCACAAAAAAUAAAUACACGCACGAGAGCAGACGAGACUGAUCGCGCUCGAGCGUAAUCUCACCCCACAGACUGUGAUCUUUAUUCCUAAACACCGACUGCAGGUUCUCUCUCUCUUUCGACGCGUGCACGCCGCCAAAAGACUGAUCACAUUGUAGACUUUCUCAGCGCCGUCGCCGAGAAACCGUCGCGGCAACAAUCCGUAUCGAUCGAACCGGCCGAUUGUCGUCGCGAGUACCUUGCCCUUCCUUUUUCCCUUCGCGCCCGCGACGAGUGGCACCACGUUCUCCCCGAGUGUCAUCUGUACGCCUCGAGACUCCCGCGUCGUCCGAGAUUGAUGGCAGUACUGAAACCGUAUCGUCUCUCGUUCGCGAGUGCUUAUUAACGUCUUCAUAGGGCGUGUACCGAUCGCGCACAAAUCCGAAGAGAAUCCCCUUCGUGGAGCCAGCGGGACAUGUACGCAGAGUCGUGUCGUGUUCCAACGACCGCAUAAACGACGUCGGCGAGACACGAGCCUCAUCGUAUCAGAGGAACAACGUCGGUCGGGUGUCGGCUCGCCGAGCUCGAUCACGGGCGAGUCGAGGUCUCCUCGACACCGUUCUCGAUCACUUGAGAACGCCGUUCUCCAUCCCGCGGUCGAAGCUUGGCGCGUCUCGGGGUAGCCACGCGAGGACGAUCGCGCUCGUGUCCCCGAGGUCGCCGGGAAUUUGCCUCGUGCUAGGCGAAGAGGCCAGGCGGGACGAUAUUUGAAGGCUUGCCGAACUCCAAAGAGGAGGAGAGAAUCGUGACGUUGAGGAAGCAAACUCGAGUGGUACUCGGCUCGAGCCGCCGAUAGCUGGAGCGAGCGAACGGCUCGUUCUGUUCGGCGAAAAAUUGUUUCGCCGCAUCGGCAGAAAGAGGAUCGGCCGGCUCGUUAUAAAGCCAUUCCGCGUCAUCGACGAGAUCGCGAAAGAAUCCGCGAAACUUCGGGCUCCGUAAUAUCCGGACAGCGAGGGGAUCCGGAGGGGAAAAGGGGAGCGGCGGAAAGGUAAUAAUAAAAUUGAGGAAGAGUCACAAUUAAAAGGGGACGCAGGGGCGGUCGGGGAGAAAUAUAGGAGGGAGGAGUAGCUGGAGGCGGGCACAGGCCGAGUUAUUACUCGCGAGUGAGCAUUUUAAACGUUCAGAUCGAGUGGCAGGAAAGGAUCGAACGGCGGAGAAGUCGAAGAAGAGGCAAUUAAGAAGCGGAGGAGCGCCGGGGGUGGCGGCGGGGCUGAUUGGUCGAAACAUGAAAAGGCGGGAUUUGAGCGGAUGAUUCAAGCCAGCUCGGCGCAUCGUGGAGAGAUAUUUCAGAGGGCAGAGAAUUAAGUCGAAAGAACGAGAUUUUCCGUUCGGUACGCUCGCGGAAAUAUAUACGGAAGUUCAAUGGACGUGGGAAAAAACCCGUGGCGAAUUCUCGCCUAUGGCCGCCGAAAAUUGCGCCUCUAAUUAGCGAGAAUCUCGCGGUUGUUGGAGUUUGAGUUUUCGGCGCGUCGUUGGAGCACGCUCUCGGGGAAGGUUUCGGUUCGGCGUGGCAAGCAGAGGUGGACGUCAAAGGAUACUUCGCGGGGGUAGAAGAGAGAAGCAUAGCGUGGGAAAUAACUGUAUUGGAAACUCGCUGGUCGUUUUCCUCCGGCGUCGCGAAAGAAUCCGGCAGGAAGGUUCUCGACUCGCUCGGUGGACAUUAGUGUGCCGCGCCGCGACGAUCUGACGUCCGUCUUCUGGCCUUCCGGCACGCGGAAGAGCAGCCGUGGCGACACGGGAUCAACUCAUCGGGAAUUCAUCCGGCGUGCCGGCGGAAUUCGAGGGAUAAGUCGCGACCCGUGUCAAGACGGAUCGCUGGGAAUUCAUUUGGUAUCAAGAGACAUGGUUGUGUCUCGCGCCCAGUGCACGCGGGAGCAAAGCUGGAACGACACACUUAUGGUUGUUCACGCGACUUCUUUGGCUGAGCGGAGACAGAAUUUCGAGUUCGAUCGUAACUGCUAGUUUGAUUGAAUCGAUUCCUGAAGGUCGAUUUACAUACAAUAAAACAGUUUCCAUUUUGUAUCCUAUCUGCUCUACGUAUCAAAUCACCGCAUCCUCUAGAAGAAAGACCCGUGGUAAACGCCGAGGGAGUCGCGAGGUACCAAGAUAAUUGGAGAUUCGUGUAGACUCGCGGGAGUGCGGACAAAGGGGUGGGAAGUAGCGGACAGUGGACGUCUUAAUUGAAGAGGAAAUAAGAGAAAUGAGAGAGGUGGAAAUUGCGGGAAGAAGAAGAAAUCGAAAUUUCGAAGCAGCCACGCGAAUCCGGACUAGUGAACGAAAGACUCGAUCGAGUUGCCUCCCGAACUCGAAUUAGAAGCUGCUGGAAAGCGUUUUACUUUCGCGAAGAAUAUAUAAGCUCUUCAAUGACGAAGAUCAACGGAGAAGCUGAGGCAACGGAGGAAACAUCAUCAAGGAAGAGAAUCGUUCGCGACUAAAACCCAACGUCGCCCCCGAUAAAUAGAAGAUUCUCGUCGCUCGCGAAGAUCGUCGAGUAAUCGUGUCGGGAAGAGAGAACAAGCCUGAACAGAACGAAGAGGAAAGACGCAAAGAUGGAAGAAAAUCUUGUAAUUUGCUAAGCGAUUCCGAUACCAGCCUCGGUGUCAUCGGCGCGAGGUGGGGGAGAUCAAAUUUUUUGCCCGCGGUUUCGCGAGAAUAGACGAAGCGCGACACGGGAUCGGAGAUAUUGAGACCGGCAAAUAAAACGCCCGCGCGCGUUCCUCGCUGGGGUGAGAGGAAGCGAGCGAGACAGGGAGGCUGAAGGAGAAAGAAAGAGAGCAAAAGAGAGACGCAAAGUCCGUGGACGAAAUUGAUCCGGAGAGUUCCCAGUAUUUUCGGCAGCGAAACUACCCCCCAGGAGCCUGUAUUUUCGGGGUGGCAACAAACGUACAGUAAAGAUCGUCGGCAACUGCGCCGAAAACUCAAUUCUCGCCGUUUCGGGCGGCACGUGAUCGUACUUCGAGGAAGUCGCCGAAAAAGAGAACGGCUCGGUCAUCGCCAACGCCGAUUGCUCCUUUUCCCUGAUCGCGUGCGAGGGUCAGCCGGCGGCUGACGGGGGGCUUGCGAAGGAAGCGAUUGCAAUUUCCAGUCGGCCACACGUAACAGUAAAUUCAUUGCGCUGCUGGCGUAAUCCUGAGGGACGAGUGUGCGCGCGGACGCGCCCGCGCGCACGUGUAGGGCGUCCUGAAUCGGGAUUCCGAGACUUAAGGCGAAUACGAGCGCUCCGAGACUCCGUUUGUUAAGGACAGCACGUAUACACACGGGGACUCGGCCGUUUUUCCAAUCGCCGAUACCAUCCCGACGAAAACGAACGGCUGUGCCAUCGCGGAGGGAUCUCCGUUCGUGCCGGGGGCCGUCGUGUCUUCGCGCUCCGACAUCCUCCCGCUGUGAUGAUCGACGGCAACCCGUGAUCUCGCGCCAGGCGACAACAGCGAGAACAGCUCAGAGGUGGCGGAGAAGGCGCGGAGGAAGACAAGGCAGGAUUCUCGCUCCGUGAGAAUUUGGCGCGAGGCGCAAGCGUGAACUUUCCGCGAACGAGAGAGCGUGGUGAGAAUCGGGAAACGAUUUCAUCGAAACAAGAAUAAUUCUUUCUCUCUAUCUCUCUCUCUUUUCCUCUCUCUUUAUCCGACGGUGGCUUUCCUCGCGCGCUUAUUAAAUAUGGAAGGACGAAAGAAACUCAAUCCGCGCGUUUGAAUAUUCUUGCCAGGCGUACCGAGCACCACGUCGUUCGCACGCGCUCAUCGUCGUAACGGAGGCUCCGCCGACGUUGAAGAAGAAAACGGCAGCCAGGAAAUAAGGGAUUUCCACUGGACGGAGGAUCGUGAAAUAUUCGGCAGUGCGUAGAGGCGGAGGAAUCGGAUUCGCGCCACCUCGUUUUGCGAGGUGAGCAAUAGGGAUCGCCCCGACAGGUCCUAUCGCGCGCAUGAUAGGGUGCGAGAGGGCUGAAAAAUUUAGACGGUGGAACAAUUUUUAUUCGUCGCAACGACCGCGCGCUCAAUCGACGGGCAUCGCAAUAUCGUAAGCUGUCUCGCGCGAAUCCGAUCGUGUGUGAGAUGUGUUUGGGUGAGCGGGUGUAUAUGUGUGUGUGUACUCAAAGUUGUGAAAGUCUCGUUUCUUCUUCUUCUUCUUCUCGCCCGAUAAGAAGAUUCCCCGCGCGUCCUUAAGUAGUUGCAGCGAGCACGGUAACGCGAAGCCAGGAAUUUAUUGAACGACAGGCAAGAAAUCGCGCGAGCGCCCGGCUUCUCUUCGGCCAGAUCGUCCGAGGAAACGGUGGCGCAACGCUCCCACCCUUUUGUCGUUAUCAUCCGGAUAGAUAAGCAAAGGGCGGGAUUCAGGAUUCCGCUGGGAAAGGAGCGCGCGGAUCUCAUCGAUUCUUUCCCGCGGGAGGAUUUCAUACACUUCUCGGACGACACAGCUGCACGAGCGAACGAGGGUGGAAACGUCAAGGGUCGUCAGGGUCUCGUGAAAUCGCCAUCGAUUUAUAUACCGGGAAGAGACUCGCCCACGGUUUCCCAGACGGUCGCAAAUCGUUUCCUAAGCGGCCUGAGAAUAGACGAGGUAGGCACUCGGCCCUUCUCUCUCUCUCGAGAAAAAGAACCAACUAUAAUAGCGGAGGACGUCGGCCGACGACUGUUCCUGAUUACGGCGAGGCCGUUUUCAAUUUCUGGCAGAAUAACGUCGAUCUCGCGGACGGAAGGAGCUAGACGGUGGAAGAGUCCCGCCAGAUUCGAUUUGGUAACGGCAUCUUCGUGAGGAGAGGGCGAGAAGUCGAAGGGGGUGGCUGUGACGCUUGUAGCGGUGAUUGUGGCGGUGGCAGUAGCUGUGCCGGUACGUGAGUCAUCGUGGGUGGUGUGUGCGGGGGCGUGAAAAGUGCAGCCGAGGCAAUACAGAGCGGGGUCGAGCCUGCGGGGGCGAGUGAGCGCUUGUGUCGCGGGUACCGGCAAUAUAUUCGGCGGCGAGAAAAAAACGCGUGACAGCUCUCCACCACGGCUGGUGGGGAAAAGACGACCCGGGUCGGCGGUGUCAGGGUGCGCUGGAGUGCUCGGAGGAUACGUGGGAUACACGGCCGUGCUUCCUUUUCGGAAAAACGUUAAUGGAACUGCGCACGUGGGACGAGCGGCGACGCGCGGCAUUUCCACCACCACCACCGCUACGCGACGACGACGACGACUACGCUGACGGACGAUUAAGGGCGACUCAUUCAUUCACGUAGCUUCCUUCCGUAGCGACGUUCUCGCGUGUUCGCGCGCUACUCUACCCCGACGCGCGCCGUCUUCACGUGCGGAACGAUAUCGUGAUAGCAUCGAGGUAUCGCGGCUGAUAUCGCGCUUCUCGUCGUGGGGCAGAAAAAAGCACGUCGCAGGAAAAUUGGCGAACGAACGGGAUUGCUUUCUGGCAAAAUCGGGGAAGCUUCUGCGGAGUCGCGAAUCGAAAUGAUCUGACUCGGGCCGCGAAAUUCGGCAGUGAGAAGAGAAAGAGAGAGAGAGAGAAAGAAAGAGAGAGGCUGCUUGGGGAUGAAAGGAAGAGAGAAACACUAGAUCCCAGCUUCCCCGAAUUCGAUACUCCCGCAGAGCCUCUCGUCGCGAAACACCGUCGAUUACAGGCCGCGUAACGUUAGACGAUAUCCAAGGCGAACAGCAGCGUUGUACUUUGUGGAGCGGAGUGCUAUCGAUUAUAUCCGAAACAACGUUCCGCGUACUAUUCACGACCACGAAAUUAAAGCACCGGAUUGACUAGUGCACAGAGCACUGUAUCGGCUGCUAUCGGCAUUCAGCGUACUCGACGGUUGCCGCAUUAACGAGCUCGCCCGAGCGUGAUCUCGCGGAAAUAUCAGCGAUAAUUCACGGCGAUUGGACUUUAAUUAGCGGCCUCUCUGGAGCCCGGUGAACGUCACGAUUGGUCGAGGAUAAACGAAAAUCUCGACGAGGAAGCGGCCAGAGGAGAGAGCGCGUAGAAAACAUUAAAGUGUCGGGUCAACGAGGUCGGAGGUGUGCUUAUGUGCCGUUUGGUGAACUCGAGCACGUGACUAUCACUUCCCCUUCUUCUUUCCCUCUUAAAGAACCGGUGAUAACCUUAAGGGAAAUUCCGAAACAACAGUCGUUAAUAAAAUCGUGCGCGCGACAGUGUCCCGCGAGCGUGACAGAAUUCUUGAAUGAGACUGGACAGGCAGUUCGCGUAAGAAGAUAGAUUAAGGAAAUUUUUCAUAAAUCAUUCGUCGAUUAUACGUAAGAAAAUAUCUUCGUUGUGCUCUCGAGAUUAACCCCGUUCCCCGAAGGAUCGCCGUAUAAGAACCCCGCGACGGUUCUCGCGCUCUGCCGGGGCGAAGCAGAGGUCAUUGCGAUAGAUUAAAUCGCGGGAGAAACGUGACUCUUGGUCCUCGGGAACAACUACAGUAAACCAAGAGCUUCUUCAAGUUCCAACCCCACGCGAGGCUCACCUCGUCCCGCGCGAACGAGCGAGUCGAUCAAGCGGCAGGGUCAGUUGUGCGUUAUUGUACACGUCGUAUUGUAUUUCCACGGGGAAACCCGCGGGGAUCAGUGUCGAUAAGUGACUACAAGUGCGCGCUGUCAAGUGUGUCGACGCGAAACCCGCAUGGAAGAACUCGGACCCAUGCGUGAUGGCGGCUCGAGAUGUCCCGCGCGCUCCUUCGAGUUCCUCGCCGCCGUCCUCGUCCUCCACGACAUCGUGCACAACGUUCCCCGGAGUCCCUCGACAGGAUAGCAUGGGCGCACCCGAGGACCGCGACAGUUAAAUAUGCGAGAGCUGAACGCCACCGCAUGCGCUGCUUUGUACGACGGCGUCGAGUGGUCAAGCCUAUGGAACCUGGUUACUCUAGUCCUUCUGGUAUUCGUGGCUGUCAUGGUGAUAGUCGGUAACGUUCUGGUCAUAUUGGCCGUCUGCUACACCAGCAAGCUGAGGAACGUGACGAAUAUGUUCAUCGUCAGCCUGGCCGUCGCCGACCUGAUGGUCGGCACCGCCGUCCUGCCAUUCAGCGCUGCCUGGGAGGUUUUUAAGGUCUGGAUAUUCGGAGAUUUCUGGUGCUCCGUGUGGCUGGCGGUCGACGUUUGGAUGUGCACCGCGUCGAUAUUGAAUUUAUGCGCCAUCAGCUUGGAUAGGUACUUGGCUGUGACCAGGCCGGUCAGUUAUCCUCAGCUUAUGUCGACGAAGAGGGCCAGGCUGCUGGUGGCGGCCGUUUGGGUCCUAAGCUUCGUCAUCUGCUUCCCGCCUCUGGUGGGCUGGAAGGACAAACGGUCGCAUCCCACGUACAACGUGACGUUCCCGCUGUACAGCCCGUCCAACACUACCACUAUUCUCGUGCCGGUCAAGCCGUGUCCAUGGAUUUGCGAGUUGACCAACGACGCCGGCUACGUCGUCUACAGCGCUCUAGGCUCCUUCUAUAUACCGAUGCUGGUGAUGAUGUUUUUUUAUUGGCGGAUCUACAACGCCGCGGUCUCUACGACGAAGGCGAUUAAUCAAGGCUUCCGGACAACAAAGGCCUCGAAAAUGCUCGGCACCAGGUGCAGAUUCGACGAACAAAGACUGACCUUAAGAAUACACCGCGGCCGCGGUAGCCUCCAGAACGGAAGCAAUAACGGCAACUCGAGGAGCCCGGACUCGAGCAGCCGCUGCUCCGUCAAACGGGAGAAGAUCAAGAUCUCGGUCUCCUACCCCAGCUCCGAGACGCUCAACACCAAGUGCAACACCCUCGAGAGGACGCCGUCGAGGUGUUCGCAAAUCUCGGUGCAUUACAGCAACGGGCAGACGCAAACGCAGCUUUGUCCAGUCUCGCGUAACACGCAUCUGAAGGUCGGCGGUGUCAAUAGGAUCGGCAGCAGCAAGAGACUGAGCAGACGGAGCAGCUGCGAGAGUCAGGUGACUGGCGACGAGCUGUCGCUGCGCGAGAUAACGCCGAGCUGCGAGGAGAAGCCGAGGGUGAUGAAGAUGGGGAAGAGGAACAUAAAGGCCCAACGAACGAGAGAUCACGAGAGGUCGUGUGCGCAGGUGAAGAGGUUUCGCAUGGAGACGAAGGCGGCGAAGACGUUGGGCAUCAUCGUCGGCGGUUUUAUCGUGUGCUGGCUGCCCUUCUUCACCAUGUACGUGGUGCGCGCGUUCUGCCCGAACUGCAUCCAUCCAACCGUCUUCAGCGUUUUGUUUUGGCUAGGAUACUGCAAUUCCGCGAUCAACCCUUGCAUCUACGCUCUCUUCAGCAAGGACUUCCGCUUCGCCUUCAAGAGGAUUAUCUGCAAGUGUUUCUGCAAGCGACGCGCCAACACCCUGCGACGUGGCAGCGACGGCAGUCAAUUGGCAAUGAGGAACGAGCGUAGUCCGAGCUACUCGAUCCGCGCGCCUCAGCAGGGGAUCUCCAUCGACGACUCGGACCUCGAUCCGGCGUCGGAUCCGACCCACUCGCAGAGCGAGUCCAGAUGAUCGUAGCACGUGCGGCCCGGCGCGCAGUGCGUCGUCUUCAACUCCAGGUCCUCCAAGGCGAGGAUCUUCUCCUUCUGACGGCGGCGGUGCCGCGGGUCGGACGCCCGGGCUCACGUCGUCGGACUGUCGCGUCGCGCGGCGUCGUCACGCGGACCACCCGCCGACGCCCUCGGAGUGCCAACGUUAGACCAUCCGGCCGCACGUCCCGCGCCGAUCACAGACUGACCGACACGUCGCGCGCGUCCGCGUUUCGCGACGAACACGCCGCGACUUGGACGCUGCUCCGGGAAACACGAUCAUCCCUGCGGUUGUCGCGAAUGCGCGCGAGGGAUCGAAGUGGACGAGCGAGCGGCGGGCGACUCGUUCAGCUCUCCUGUUAUUCCGUUAUCCGUUGAAGAAAGUCAGCGAGUAGCUCGCCAUUCGACUCGGCUCACCCUCGCGUCCACCUCCGGCCGAUAAGCUCGACGUGGUGACCGUCGGCGGGGACACCGACCUUCGCCCGAAACACGGAGUGUGCCAAAGUGUGCGCGGCCUUUUUCCGUGGAAUUGAAUCCCGGCGCGUCCAGCUGGGAACGCGGCAAGCUUCUUCGUCGCGCGUAUGGGCGCGAUCGUCGUGAGGAAAUUCGUGGGAAGAAGUCAACGAGGAAACGGAGGAGAAAAACGACUUCCAGCCCCGCAAGAGAGACGCGAAUCUCAUCACGCGCGCGCGCGCUUCUCGCGAAACCGUUUUCGCGGUGCUUCGCUUCGAUUUGUACGUCGGCUACGUUAAGAGCUUAUGAAGAACGGUCUUUCGUCUUUCGCGAGUGACCACCGUCUGGUGAAUUAUAGCGAGCCCCAUCGUCAAGUUACACUUCAAUGUCACGUGAAUCCCGCGCGUAUCGCCGCGGAGUAAUUGCUCGUUCGUUCACCAUCACCUCGAAACGAUGAUUCGAACGAUGCGCACACUAUCGCGGUGAAACAACCCACCAUUGACAUCCCCUUAGUCAUUCCCGAGUUGAAAAUUUAAUCCUACUUUCGACCUUAAUAUUCCAUUUAACAUUUCCACUUUAAUACUCUGAAGCGUAUAUCAAUCUCUUUCAAUUCUAUUAACCUGCUAACUUUGCCGAGAGGUCUCUUAGGUUUUCCCUAUAAAACUCACGGGUAAUAUUUUGUACGUUUUCUGUCAUUUAGAGGCGCUUAGUAGGACUUCCAUGUGUAUUAAAUACGCACUGAUCUCUCAGAACAUACAGAUGUCAAAAAGUUCAUGUCGAAAGUGGGACUAAAAUUUCGACUUGGGUUGAUUCUAGAAAAUUGAGUCUGGAAGAAAAAAAGAGACUGGUUUUUCUAGCAACCAAUAUUGCAGUUAGAUUUCUUGUUUGUAUUCGGAAAGAGAGGUUCACAACUAAAACUAAAGGUAAACAACUGCCGUUGGUCGCCAGAAAAUCCAGAUUCUUGUAGAGCGUCAAUGACUCAGGGGGGUCAAUAAUUGAAUACCAAUAAUUGGAUGUUUCUAUCCACAUUCUAUCUACAUUCGUCUCGCGACUGAUCGCGCACCUCUUUCCACCUCCGAUCAGAACAGCCAGAAUCCCCGAUCGCUCGCUUUCCUCUCACGCAAGCCCACCACCACUUCGCGAUUGCUCCAUUUAUCCCAAAAUCACGAUGAUUCAUGGAGCCGCGUGUCGUAUUUGAUCUCCGCGUCCUCUUAACGCCAACUUCGACGGGAUAAACGGUCGACCGGUCACUCCUAGACUAACUCCGACAUCGGUGGUCGUUGUGUCGGUCGUGUCGUGGCCCUUUAACCAUGACACGUUUCGCGUCGCCGUUAAUGAAGACUCACGCUAGGAGACCCGAAGUCAUCGACGCUCGAUAAUGAUCCAUCCGAAUGCACCGGCACCGCCAUCGCUCUCGGCGAUCGAAGAGAGACGUGUUCGAGAGACGCGGGUAUAACGAGCGCCACAGCAGGUCUAUGUACAUAUCGGUAUCUAUGUGUACGCAAUAACACGCUAAGUAUGUCGUUAUCUUCUACAUAAACCGAUGUUUUCGCGCGCACACUCGUAUAAGUCGGCGUUUCUCCUCUUCCUUUCUCCUCAUCGUCCUCCUCCUUCUUCUCCUCCUCUACCUGCUAUUGCUGUUUUUCCUUCUUCUAGAAUUCUCUCUCUUUCUCUUCUCCUCCAUCCCGCCUUCUUUCCCUCUCUAUUUCUUUCUCUGUUUCCUCAGCCUCCUCCGGCUUGCUACUUUCCGCAUUCGCGUGAUUUUCCAAGACACAGCUGGAACGUGGCUACGACUCUCGGAGAUGCCGUUAAUCCUCCACGUUUUUUUUUCUACGUAAGCCCGCGACUGUGUAUAAAGGACAUCAUGUCACGUCGUUGUAUUACAUACACCGCGCGCGUGUACGCAACACAUGUUAUUACACGGCACAAAACAAAGCAAUACGCGCCGAGCAGCGACACGAUUAUAUUCCGACGCUCGCGUGCUGAAGGACUCAUCAUCCCCCUUUUAGAUCGUUGCCCUUUAGCUAGGUUUCUAUUUCGGCGAGAGGGGGCGGCGAGACGGCCGAUCGACUUCAAUGCGUGAUUCGUGUAUUAUGUGAUAUGUAUAUCGUAUAAAUACGUAAGAAACACACGGAUGAGAAUAAAAUAUGUGAAUACGUACGAACAGAGCUGUGAGCCCUCGUUAUCCACGUUUCGUCCAGGUCAAGGAGGUCAACGGGAGAAGAACGCUUUCGAGAUACGUACACCGCAGAUGACAGUGACUUCCCUUUGUUGCAGUGUCAAUUAUACAGCAACAGGUAAUUAUAAUCUAACUUCUGUCAAUUGUUCUCGCUUACGCAUACGUGACACGCUUUGACGAGUACAGCGGCUUGUAAAACGGUUCAGGUCCAACGAAGUUUGGAAUUCACGAAACUGUCAAAAUUGACAGUCAUUACCGACGGAUUUGCAGGAUAAUAAUGUAUAAUUAAUAACAUAAUCAGAAUUGACAGUUGCGAUUGGUAAAUCCCGUUAAAAUGACAAAUCAAAUUAAUUAAAGUUGAUAGAAAGGGGCAUAAGCCGUUUUGCAACCCACUACACAUAAAGAUUUAUUACA